AUGAGGUAUAAAUGUCAGAAUGACAGCUCCUUGAGGCUUCAAUCCAGAGUAUGCUUUAUGUACGAGAAUUGGCAGAAAAAACUACGCAGAUUGUUAGCAGCUGAUGCUGCCCCAGCUGCUGGCACCUUCGGAGGGAAACAGGAGAUAAAACUUUAUUGUUCCUCAUUGGACGUAAAGAUUAUCCGUUCCCUAAUUCUCGGCGAGUUGGAGCGAGGUCAGAGACAGUUCCAGGGUUUGUGUUUUAUUACCAGACUCCCCAAGAAUGAAAUGAUUCCGAGUGAAUCGAUGGCCAAGCUGCGACAGAAGAAUCCAAGGACAAUCCGUGUGGCAGAGGAGCAGAGAGGUCCUGAGCACCUGUACAUGGAUGUUGCAGUGAAUUACAGCAGAGCCAGCCACCUGAGUGCCCACAUACACAAUGUCUGUGCUGAGGCCAUGGACGCAGUCUACACAAGGCAGAGCGAUGUGAAAUACUGGAUCGAGAAAGGUAUUGAACCUUCGAUCUUCGAAGUGCUGGCAGUUGCCGAGGACGUGCCACACUGCCGGCUGAGUCGGGAUCGCUGGAAAGGCUGUAUCUGUCACUACUCCCUGUGUAUCGAGUGGUACCCGUGCUUUCUGAAAUACUGUCGCACAAAGGACUCUGCAGGCAAGACCAGCUCUUACAAGUGCGGCAUCAAAAGCUGCCAGAAAUGCUCCCAUUUUGACUUCUAUGUCCCACAGAAACAGCUGUGCCUGUGGGAUGAAGAUAUUUAACCAUCUCCGUCACCCACUUGCUGGGACCAGUUGAAUUCUUGGAAAAAUGGAGGCUGCAGUGUCAGUGUCUGAGAUUUUGGGUUCAGGGACAGUAUGGCUGUGUGUGGGACAAACAACAUGGAAUCAGAUGGGACUGGUGUUCAGUGAGGGGAUUCUGAUAUUUGCUCAGUCCCCACCCCUUUCCCCUUCCCCUUCCCCAGCUGGGCUAGGCACUGGAGUUCUUUGGGUUACUGGGUAAAAACAAGGACUGCAGAUGCUGGAAACCAGAGUCUAGAUUAGAGUGGUGCUGGAAAAGCACAGCAGUUC